AUGCACGCCCAGCGCUCAAGGACUCCCCGCUCACCUCUUGCCAUCUCCAAACCCAUCCCCGUUGAAGACUACGCCCCAAUAUCGCCCCCCAUGACACCCCCACGACAGCGCGGUGGUUCCAUUUCCAGUCCAAGGAACUGGUUGUCGCGCACGACCUCUAGUUCUGGGAAUGCCGCUCCGUAUGCGCCCUCGAAGCCUGUCAGAAUAUCGGAGCCUAAGUUCCUCAAUGGGUUUGAAGCUUUCGCUCAACAUCGUGGUGGAGUCCUUGGUGCUGGUGCCACCAUCGUCAGGACCCCUCAGGAGGCUCUGGCUGGACCCAGAUGCAUAUCCUCGUUCACGGCGGAUGUAGAUGAUGUGGAUACCCACGAACAAGACGACGACGCGCAAAGUUAUCUGGCCCGGCCUGCGAGCCCUCCAUUGCCACCAUUACCGGAUCCUGACUCCCCGGUCAGCAACAACGACACACGUUCCAACACGCCCCCACGACCCACACGUCCUCCCCCGGCAGCGCCAGACGCUUCUGCUUCGUCCGAGACGCUGGUGCUGGACUCAGGCGGUGUUGACAUGAGCUUUUUGCGCUCCUCCCUCAAGACGCGUUCACCUUCAUCCUCUGAGUAUUCACCUCCUGUCCCAGCUCUCCCAGCGAACCUUUCUUCUUCCCCACCUCAGCCGCCUUUUGACCUUAUACUCAUAACUCCGGCACCAACAAAUAUGGUGGAUCCUUCGAAGAUAAUUGUCUCGCUGGAAACCAGCACAGUCACGCACCGUACCACUCUGAGCACGUUGGUGUCACGGCCUUCAUUCCUCGCCACGUACUUGAAGAGCCUCUUCCCUUCACACAGGCGUGAUUCGCAAGGCACGGAAUCGAUCUAUUCCGAUGCCAGCGAGGCUGAGAGCUCCUUUGAUUCUAUCUUCCACAACCAUCUGGCUUCAUCGGGUCUCCUGGCGCAGACCUCCUGUAUGCACGUCUUUUUGGACAGACCGAGCGCUCCGUAUGCACAUAUCUUGGCGUAUCUCCGCUCCCCUCCAUCAACUCCUGAAAACCCUGCCGUAUUACCGCGGGCGGCUCAACUUACCGGUAACUCGUCGUCCCGCCUGGAAGCCCUCUUGGAGCUCCGCGAUGAGGCGCAUUACCUUGAUCUUGAAGAAUUAUAUAAGCUAUGCAACGAUGAGAUUCGCCUCCGUCAGAUUCGACCUGCUGGGUUGGGCUUGCAUGUGCGGGGGUUUAGCAGCGCGAGCAGUGCUUCGCUGCGCAGUGUAACGACGCUUCGCGACAUCGUGGAAUACGAGUCGACGAAACUCGGGCGGGCCAAUUCGAAAGACUCUGGGUUCGCUAGCCCGGGUUCGUCGAGAGCCCAGAAGGUAGAGACCAACGUUCCUCCGCGCUCGAACUCUUCUCUGGGUAGCCGGGAACGUGGGCGCCCGAGUACGAGGAAAGAGGGUGUUGGUUCUCUUCGCGCAAGACCGAAUCCUGGUUGGAUAUGA